GCGCAUGCGUCUCGGCAGCCGCCAUGUUGUGUCCUUAAAAAAAACGGGAUCUGGGGUGACGGGGGAAUCCGAGAGGGUGAGAGAUUAAAGCAGCACGGCCGCCCCAGGCACCUCAGAUGCGGCUCGGAGAGUCCAGGGGGUCUGGGGUGAUCAGAGCAGCCGGGAACCAUCUCCCUGACUCUCUGAGAAAGAUCGAGGUGAAGCUGCGGUUCUCUGAGAAACUGUUCAAAGCCACUACUUUGUUUCUGCUGAAGUUCUGACUGCAAUUAAGAUAUCAGGUGUGCCUUUUAGUACACGGGAACGCUUACAUCACAUCUUGCCGGUUUGGAAGGAUCCCUUUCUCUACUCUGUGAGGACCUGAAAGAUUUUAUAUUGAAGGGGGAGAAGCUGAUAUAAGAUCAGCAACAUGUCCAUCACCAACACUCCAACUAGUAAUGAUGCAUGCCUAAGCAUUGUGCAUAGCUUGAUGUGUCAUCGACAAGGUGGAGAAAGUGAAACUUUUGCAAAAAGAGCUAUUGAGAGUUUGGUGAAAAAACUGAAGGAGAAAAAAGACGAACUUGAUUCAUUGAUCACAGCCAUAACAACAAAUGGAGCUCAUCCCAGCAAGUGUGUUACAAUACAGAGAACGUUAGAUGGCAGACUCCAGGUGGCUGGACGCAAAGGUUUUCCACAUGUGAUUUACGCUCGGCUCUGGAGAUGGCCUGACCUUCACAAAAAUGAACUCAAACAUGUAAAAUAUUGUCAGUAUGCAUUUGACCUGAAAUGUGACAGCGUCUGCGUUAACCCUUAUCACUAUGAGCGUGUGGUUUCACCUGGCAUUGAUCUAUCAGGAUUGACGCUGCAAAGUUCAGUUCCAGCUCCUUCAAACCUUUUAGUAAAAGAUGAAUUUGUGAAUGAAUAUGGGCAAGUUGAAGGACAACAGUCUCUGUUGAACAGUGAAGGACAUUCUUUACAGACAAUCCAACAUCCACCUAGCACCAGGCAAUCAGCUGAAACCUACAGUGGACCAGCCUUGUUAACACCAGCGGAGCCCAGUACUCCCAGCACUACCAAUUUUCCUAGCAUUCCUGUUGCUACCACAAAUAGCACUACAACUUGGACUGGAAGCAGAACAGCAGCAUUUACCCCUAACAUGCCUCACCACCAGAAUGGACAUCUUCAGCACCACACCCCUAUACAUCAUGCUGGCCAUUACUGGACAGUGCAUAAUGAACUUGCCUACCAACCUCCCAUAUCCAAUCAUCCAGUUCCUGAAUACUGGUGUUCAAUUGCUUACUUUGAGAUGGACGUGCAAGUUGGAGAAACAUUCAAAGUGCCAUCUAGCUGUCCCGUAGUUACUGUUGAUGGAUAUGUGGAUCCUUCUGGGGGUGACCGCUUUUGUCUGGGGCAACUUUCCAAUGUUCAUAGAACAGAAGCCAUUGAAAGAGCCAGGUUGCAUAUUGGAAAAGGUGUGCAGUUAGAGUGCAAGGGGGAAGGCGAUGUCUGGGUGCGGUGUUUGAGCGAUCAUGCUGUCUUUGUGCAGAGCUACUACUUGGAUCGAGAAGCUGGACGUGCUCCUGGCGAUGCAGUUCACAAGAUUUAUCCAAGUGCAUACAUUAAGGUGUUUGAUUUGCGCCAGUGUCACCGCCAAAUGCAACAACAGGCUGCGACUGCUCAGGCUGCAGCCGCUGCUCAAGCAGCAGCUGUUGCUGGAAAUAUCCCUGGACCAGGUUCAGUAGGAGGUAUCGCUCCAGCUAUUAGUUUGUCUGCUGCAGCAGGAAUAGGAGUUGAUGACCUGCGUCGUCUUUGUAUUCUCAGGAUGAGUUUUGUGAAAGGCUGGGGGCCUGACUAUCCAAGGCAAAGCAUCAAAGAAACCCCAUGCUGGAUUGAAAUUCACCUACAUCGUGCCCUUCAGCUGCUGGAUGAAGUACUUCAUACCAUGCCGAUUGCAGAACCACAGCCCCUGGACUGAGUUCUUCUGCAACAACCAUUGUCUUAUUUUGGUGGGGUGGGGAGAAGACUAGAAUUCAACGUUGUUAAUAAACUGAUGUAUUUUACCAUUGUUCAGCAUAUUCUUUGAGAACAAAAACUUUUUUGGUAGAUAUGGAGAAAAAAAGCAAGCAGCAAAACUACUGUUUAUUUCCUCUUUUCAAAAAAAAAACUCAGUAUUCAAACUUGUGUCUUUGUUUCUCACUUUGAUACUCUACAGUAUGAUUCACAGCCUGUAUUACAUAAUCCAGACUGUGUUAGUUACCAAUGAUGGUUAUCUUACAUUCAAAUGCUGUGAAAUUGCUUAAUUUGGUGCUGUGCAAAGCUAUUUAGGUGAUUAGCUUAGCCACCUUUCUCCAAGCCCAAAGCUGAACUGAAGGGCUGGGUUAAAAUGUGGGCAGUGUGAAGGUAUCGUUGUUUUAAGUUCUAAUCGAGUUGCUCGUAAUACAUUGAAAACCUUAAUAACUAAUACCUCCAUGCCAGAAAAAGCAAAACUAAGUGGGGGAGAGGACUUAUUUUGAUUUAGAAAACAACUGUUUUCUGGUUUACAUUUUUGAAAUUUCCAGAGCAGUCAAAAACAGGUUGUAAAAAAGAUGGAUGGCAACCUCAUUUUGAAAAAUAUACAUACAUUACAGCUACGUGGCCUCUCUUUAGCCACACUUUACAGAUCCAGGCUUUCUUUAUUUGAAAGAACACCUGUAUUUGCACUUUAUUCAAAAACUUUCUUUUAUAGUGCAUCCUUAAGGUAGAUCUCCUGUACAGAGGGAUGUUUGUAUUGUACAGUUUGUUUAUCACCUUCAAUAAUGUACUUCGCUUCUUCAUUUUUCUUUAAAUUUCUUUUUUGCAUGUGGGUCUGGCCAUUGUUUACUAACAUUGGCUGCUUUGGCCAAAGUUUUCAAAUUAUGCACAGCUUAUGACCAGAGAUGGGAGGUUUAAGAAAUGCUUGUUUCUGAUCUGGAAGAAAAAUUUUAAAAAGCCGUAUAUUUUUUUACAGAAAUCCAGUUCUUAUUCAUAACACUAAAAGCGUGGAACAUUUUCUUGUGCUAUUCUAGUGCAUUUAAUGCUGAAACAUCUGUUCAUUUCUCUUGGUGUCAUUUCUUUCACCCCCUCCCCAAAAUAAAACGGUUCCAUUUUUAGUAUGUUAGGGAUGAUAAAGAAAGGGGUUUUUUGUUAUCAUGUUUCCUGUAAGGAAUGCAUUUUUUUGGCAUUAGAUUACUACAUUUUGUUAAGAUCAACACCAAUGUUUUGUAGCCUGAUCAAAUUUUAUCUUGCCCUGUGUGUUUUUAACACGUUCUUAACUGUAGAAAUGGUAGAUUGAGUUUUUUAAAAGACCACCUGCAUUGUACUACUUAGUUUAUUUAAUAUAUUGAGUACCAAAAUGCUUCUUAUCUGAAAUUAUUUUCACUAUUAUUACCAGCAGUGUUACAGAGUGCAAAUAUCUAAGCACAUGGAGCCUAAAUUUGAAUGGUUAAAAAUCUGUAAUUGUACCGUUAAAUCUUUUCACAGUACAGGUGGACAUUAUACAAUAGUUUCAUAUGCUUGCCAUUAUUUGCUGAAAUCUGAGUUGGACAAGUGAGAAGACGCACCAAAACUGUGUGCCUUUGAACAUUUCAGGUUAUUGAAAUCCUAGUGACAACUUUUGAGUAUUCAUUUAGGAGCACUAUGUAUUUGCUGCUGUUCAACGUAUCUGCUGAUUGGUUUCUGUGAAAUGUAUUAAUAUCCCAAUUCUUGUUGAAACCAAAUGUAAAUCAAAUUGCAUCUUUUAUGACACAUGCUUGUAAUUUUUACAGGAGUUAAAAAUGCAGAUCAGGAGUUACCAAUUUUGAUUUUCUUAAAGUCUGAAUAACGAAACCAAUGACUAUGCCUUUGAAAUACUUGUCUGCCAGAUGGAAAGUCUGUCAAGUUGGAAGUUUAGGAAUCUAGGAAUGUAGUGAAUCAUAACAGCAGUACAGAUUUUCUUUCUUGCAUAUCCCUCUUCAUGUAUUUGAAUCUGGAUCAACUUCUGCUUUCUGGUUACUAGCUAUUGUUGCAAAUGACAUGCUAUUGUAAAGUUUUUAAGGUGAUUUGCUAAGGUGGCGGGGAGAGGCAGGGAAAUUGCUGAUAAACUUGUUUUUAGCUCUCCCUUUUGAUGUGUGUAUGUGUGCACAUUUUGCAAAUCUUUAUACUAUGCUUCGGCACCAUUUGUAGAGACUACUAGGAUCGAAGUAUUAUUAGGAUAGUUAAAAACAAAAAGUAUAUGACAAAAAUCUGAAAUGCCUAUCUAGGAAUAGUAAAGACAGCCCUUUUUCUUACAGUAGAGUUGCAUUGGGUAUGCUAUUUAUUAAAAUUAACAUGCAAAGAUUAUGCGCUGACUUUGCAGGGGUUAGGUUAAAAUAAUGAGGUCAAAAUAAUUGAGUGCCUGUCUCAUGCGAUUAAGAAAUACUUUUAUUUGAAUUGGGAGAUAAAAAUACUGAUUCAUGAAAACUUGUAUUAUGCAUUGUGGAUGUUUUGAGCGUUAUAAUUUUCUUAAUCUAAGUUAAAAGCAUCCAACUUGAAAAUCUGAUUUAAAAAUAAACUUCCACUUUUCCCUAUCAUAAUCCAUCUCCGUUUUUACUUCAAUCGUGUCAGACUUUUGGGUCCGAAUUUAGUUCUCUCCAAAUAAAAUUACAGACAGAAAAUAGGCAUGGAAAACUGAUCUUUUAAAUCCAAACAAUGGAAAAAAUAUAGCAUCUGCAGUAUAAUCCUUUGGAAAUGAAAGAUUGAUUUGAGCAGGAGGACUAUGAGCUGACAGAAUUUCAUUUAAAGAUCAAAGGGGAAAUAUGCAAAAAUAGUCACCGCAUGUAGAUGUGAAAAAUAUUGUCUGUUUUAAUAAGUUAGAUGCUAUCCAAACAAAGACCAAUACGUUAUAUAAAUUUAUGGUAUUGAAGUGGCACGAUGUUAACAUGAGAUACCUUGUAAGUCAGGCAUUUUGACAUCUGUGGUUUUUAGUCCUUGCUGGAUUGAUGAUGGGAAUGGCAUUGACGGUGUGCGGCAGCAAUGGAAAUCUGUCUGGAGUAGAACACUUGACAAAAUGUCACCAGUUGUUCUGAAUGGAGCAAGUAAUGUAUGCAUUUUAUCUUUUAAGCAACUAGUAUAAAUAAAAUGUUCGCAAAGUA